AUGUCUGGUGGGGUGACUUAUGCAGCUGCUGUCAGCACUCCAAACGGAUCUCUGCGGCAGCCUGAGAUCCAAUCACGGACAUGUUCCGAUCCAGAUCUGCGAUCUUCGUUCGAGUCACAAACACAAAAGCAACUGCAAACCAAACCACAACGCCCUGGCGCAGGAAUUAGAUCCAAGACGAGUUUCCGCGGCUGGCCAUCCAAGAAGGGUCGAGAGUCUGAGCCCCAUGAAAGAGGCACUAUCCAAGAGGUCCGUCAUGGCUAUAUGCCACGCACCGAACAUCAGCCGAACACGGGUGGGAGCGAGGAGCACGUUUACGUCUUGACUAUAAAGCUCGAGGAUAGUUUGUCGGUGCCGAUGAACAAACUGCGUCAGAAACAUUUUCCGCGAAGAUUGAAUAGAACUCCAGCACACCUUACCCUUUUCCACGCUCUUCCUCAUUCCCAAGUGGAAGAGGUGGAACAGAGUCUUUUGCAAUUAUCUGCCAGUACAAGUCCCUUUCAUGUCACAACUGGUGGACCUUUCCGGAUGCGCAAGGGCGUGGGAGUGAAUGUGGACGCUGGAUACCAAGAUAUGAAGGAAGUGCAUUCUCAACUUAGAGGACAGUGGGUCUCUUUUCUGAGCGAGCAAGAUCAGGGUGGAUUCCGUCCGCAUUGGACGGUGAUGAACAAGGUCGACGAUGAGGAAGAGGUGGAGCAGGCUUUGGGAGCGGUUCGGAAAGAACUGUCUCAAAGUGCAAAAGAAGGCCAGGCGGUUGGGCUGGAGCUGUGGAGGUACGAUCGCGGUAAUUGGAUCUGGGCGAACGAGUACCCAUUCGGCUUGUCAAGACAGAUGUCAUCGAAAAGUGGCUCUGGGGGAGCAUCUCCAUCGUUUAAGAAUAAAUCCGCCAGUUCGCCAGCAUCUGAGAGCGGCCCGACCAAGAGACCUGGGAUGAAGCGCGGGAGCAGUGUCGCUGAUGUAUGGAGGUCGCUGAGCUUCCGUCGCAAGAGCCAAGGGUGUUGA